AGCAAAAUUGGCGUAACAAAGAUCUAUGAAGUCUGUGGCGGACUGGCGGAUCUAUGGAUCUUUCUCUUUUUAGUUAGUAGCGCUCUCGCUCUCAAAAAUUUGUGAAUUUAGUGGUGAAGUGGUGUUUUGUAAUAGUUUGAAAAGUAUAUCUAGAAUUGUGACAAUCCAUAUGAGUGAUAACUGUUCCUGAUUAUCGCGCUAAAAUGGACUUAAACGCAAUAACCGUUAGUGUGUACCUGCGCGGUCUGACAUCGCAAGCGCUGGCCUCCCUCAGGUUUCGAUGACCAUAAGCGUCAGCAGGAAUCAUGAUCGCCAAUUUGCCGCUUCUUUUUGCUAAUGGCAAUCCGACAUCCCUGGCGGCGAUCACGGUCGCUGAGCUGGAGAAGUUCAUAACAUUUAUGGUGACAUGUUCCUGGGGACAUGAUACAGCGAAAGACAUUCGGCGACCACCAUGGUGGCCGAAAGAAGUUGCAUUUUCGCACCCCUUUGUGAGACCCUACGAGGUGCCUAGGGACUGGUCUCUGAAAUUGAGGAAUUUAGUAAAAAAAUGCUACGACUACCACAAGAGCGCCUUCCUUUUAGUUUUUUCUGCGCAACUCUCGCGGUACCCGCGCAACAGGCUCAGGUAUGUUGACAACAAAGACCACACCACUUCUCUGUACUAUAGACCUAAUGGCAGACUUCUGGUUACAUUCAGAAAUGAAAAUCUACAUUAUGACAGAACUUAUGCACCCAUUUCCAUUGAAGAUGAUAUAACAGAGAGACCUGCAGAUGUAUACUUAUGUGACAACUGCGAUGGCCACUUUGAUAGUCUAGACUUAUUACAAGCUCAUGAAAGGCUAUGCAACGCAGCAGAUGGAGGUUUUCCUGAGUUUCUUUCAGCCCUGAAACUUCAUCCAGCAGGUCAACCGUUUGAGAAUUCUGUGAAUCCUGGUUCCAGUUCUCGUUCUGAUACUGGAAAUGCCCCAGGAAGGUUUGCUACAAGAAACAUAAGAAAUACUGCCAAGCAACUUAGAAAUAGUGCAAGUGUAGACCGGGGUCCACUGUAUCCAUUUUCAUCACUGGCUUACAGACGGAAUGCUAAAACAAGUUGCCAGAGGGAUGGGAGAGAUUUGACCUUUUCAAGAGAAAGGGUAGAAAGAUUUUGUUGUACCACAACUCCAUUUAGUAAAAAUUAUAAUGUUAAGAUAAAAAAUCAACAGUUUCCUGUGAGAUACCGAAGACCGUUAAGCUAUUGGAAUAGAAAAUAUGUUUUUCCCAAUCAAAGAAAUAAAGGAAUACUCGAUAUUAAAGGCCAACUGCUCCUCUUGAAGUGCAAACCAAUGUCAGUAAAAUUAAUUAAAAUGUCAGAAGAAUGCAUACAGGAAUAUCUCGACAACUUGAGAAAAGAAAGAGAGAGUAAGCAACAGACAAUGGAAGAUAAGGACAUUGUAUUUGUGGAUGGACUUGAUUGUGAUCAGCCAACUGAUUCAGAAGUGAUGAUGGAUCCAUUGAAGCGAUUGGACAAUGUUUGUGAAGUGAUUGACUUGUGUUCAGACGAUGAGACUACUAGUGUGAAUGAGAACUGUGAUCCACGUGCAGGGGUGACUUGUGUGAUGCGCGGUGGGGCUGUGCUACGGCGUACCGCAGCGACUCCGCAGGCACUGCCCGCCGAGCCAUGUGGAGCUCGCCAGCGCCCUCUACCCGCCGCCGUACUGCAACCACACCCCGUUAUUCUCAUUGCGCAUACACACGCUCUGAACAAUUUACAGACUAUCUCCAUAGAUUGAAUUUCCAUGUAAUAUAUUAGUUUUAUCUUUAGAAAAUUUGCUAAUUAUUAUUUAUUAUUCUUCAUGAUUAAACUAAUAUCAAUAUCAAAGAAAUUUUAUUUCUUGUCACUAUUGUCACUUUAAUCGCCGCCAUUUUGUGGAGUCUAUGCUGUCAUGCUGACAAAAUGGCGGACGACUAACAAAACAAAUGACGACUUGAUAAAAAUACGUAAACAAAAAUAUAUCAAGUGUAUAGUGUAAAAUCAUGGAAUAUUUAGGAAAAUAUUGUGAGUAUAAAUGUUUUCAAUAUUUUAUAACACGAUUGCGGUCCUCAUGCGUUUGCGCAUCUCUUAGAAUUUGGUAUUUUGGUUAUGUAACAAUAUAAGUAAGUACAUUUUGUAAAACAAGGAUCAUAAUUAUCUUUAGAUGGCUGUUCGCCCGUACACGUAAAUGUGAAUAAUAUCAUUGUUGACUAUUUCCUCUUAUGAGUCUAGCUUUAUAAAUUUAGCUGAAUCUUCCUAUUCAUGUUACGUUUAUUUAGAAAGGACCGAAUGUUACGAAUAAAUGUACUGAAUGUGCACAAAAAUGAGUGGUGUUUUGGAAUACAUAUCAAUUUAAAGAAUAUUUAAUAGUUAUUUACAUUGAACAUCUAAUGAAGCGUUCACAUCUGGCGAAUGCAUAGAUCGAGAUAUCACGAACUUCGCGCGGGUGGUGUGUAUAUACUAAACACGCUAUAGCGCGUAGUAUACAAAGUCCUCGCGAGCGGUACAUUUGUCGGAUGUGAAUGCGCCAUAAGAGAGCUAGUAGUACCCCAGAGCUCACUCAUUUUUGAGCAGGUUGGAAAUGUGACGAAAUUGAAGGCGGAGACUAAAACGCGUUGGUAUCCGACCCAUUGUGUUCAAGCUAAUGAAAAUCAUGACUAGGUCCGAAUUUUUUUCUUAGUUUGUUAUUGUUAUUCAGAAAAAAGAAUAAAUUCUUUUGUUUAUCACCCUUUUUGGCUAAUGCGAAUUUAUCGACUAACAUUUGCAGCAUGUUUAUAUUCAUUUUAAAAUCACUUGAACUUGGCGCUGUUUUUCAUGUAAAUAAAUAAUAGUAAUGUUAAAGUUUUAGGAUCAUGGAUCUCGUAACUUCUAUAAAACUUUGUAGCAUUUAGUCAAGAAUUUGAAAUUUUUAAACCAUUUUGGAGUUACAUUACAAAUACAGUCUUGUAGAUACCAAUAAUGGCGUUCAUAUAAUUCCAUAUGUAAUAAAUUUAGCACUUGAUUCAACCAAUUGUAAAGUCUCUCGUUUUUAUUAACUAAUACUCAUGACUGAAUUUGCUGGUGCAAUGCUAUCAAAAUGUAUGUUUGUAUAGUAAGCAUUGAUCCAGAUAGUUAGUUUCGUAAAAUGAAGAAAAAUUAUGCUAGAUAAUGCAUGCAUGUUGUGUCAAUGUACAUAUUAUACCCAUUUCCAUUGUAUUUGAUUUUGACUGUCGAUUUAAAUACUGUUUGUUACUGUAAAUACAUAAUUAUAUAAUUUGAUUUAGUCGCGUACUAAGUCAAAUGAACUGAAAUAUUGUAUUUUUUUUUCUACAUAUUGGUACGUAAAUCUUUAUAUUAUUUCUCAAAGUCAAACUCGAAAAUGGUUAAAAGAUUAACGAAUUCAAAAAUAUAUGUUGUAAACUGGUGUGGUGAUAUCUUUAUAUCAUUCGGACUUUUGUAAUUUAACGAUGACGACAUCAUGCCGUGCGUGUAGCAUCCUCUUUUUGUUCAUUGACGACUCCUUCCAUCAGACUUGACUAUUACAAAUAUUUCUUAGUUUAGAUUUUGAAUAACAUGCAUGUUUUGUGCUUCCUCACUGUAACAAGUAAUUUCUCGAUUCUUUGAAAUGAGAAAAUC